AUGUCUCAUUCCUUCCGCGUGUCCAGCACGCACAAUCUCGCGUACCAAUUGGACAGCGAGUACAGUAUUCAACUGAAUCGCUGGUUCCUGAAGCCGAUUAGUGCUUGGCCCGGCACCAGCACCGGGCUCGCGGGCAAAAUACUGUCGCGCGGCAUCCAAUUUGUCUGUCAUUCUUUAAUCGCCUUCACGGUGGUACCGUGCGCAUUGUACAUCAUAUUCGAGCCGAACGUGUAUCUAAAGCUGAAAGCUUUCGGUCCGAUGAUCCAUUGGAUAAUGGGCGGCGCGAACUAUUGCUCGUUGCUGUCGCGCAGCUACGAAAUACGCAAAUGCGUAGAUCACAUGCGUGCCGAUUGGCGAUACGUGGGCAAUACGCACGAUCGCGAGGUGAUGCUGCAAAAUGCCAAGUUUGGCCGAUUCGUAUGUACCUUCUGCGCGGUUUUCAUGCAAGGCGGCGUCUGCUCCUACAGCAUCAUCACCACCUUGACAUCAUCGAUUGUCCGAAUCGGGAACGUCACGAUAACGACGCAUCAGCUACCGUGUCCGUUUUACACGGGGCUGGUGGACACCAGAUACAGUCCAGCGAAUGAGAUCGUGAUUGUCUUUCAAUUGCUGUCGACUGUCAUAGUGAAUACAGUUACCGUGGGCGCGUGCAGUCUCGCCGCAGUCUUCGCCACGCACGCCUGUGGUCAGCUGAACAUUCUGAUGAUGAGAUUAGACGAGCUUGUCGAUGGAAAGGAAAGUGAACACAAGGCCACGCGACAAAAGUUGGCUGCUAUUGUGGAACAUCAUCUGCGUGUAUUGAGUUUUGUAUCACAGAUAGAAACAUUUAUGAAUCAGAUAUGUCUCGUCGAAUUGAUGGGAUGUACUAUCAAUAUAUGUAUGCUUGGAUAUUACACGAUCACGGAAUGGAAAUUGCACGACACAAAGAAUUUACUCACCUACUUCACCAUAUUCGUAGCAAAAUCAUGCAACGUUUUUAUAUAUUGUUAUAUUGCUGAAAUUCUCAUGGACCAGUGUCAAAAAAUAGGCGAAAUGGCUUACAUGACAGAAUGGUAUCGAUUACAUCAUAAAAUUGCGCUCGACUUGAUUCUAAUAAUCUCGAGGUCAAAUGCCGUUAUAAAAAUAACUGCUGGCAAAAUGAUUCAACUAUCUAUUGCGACUUUUGGAGAUGUAAGUUUAUUCAAUAAUUUUAAUAUUAACACUUUUUUAUGAACAACAAA